UUUUGUUUGUUCUCUAGAAUUACGUAAUAAACAGUUGGCUAACCUUAAUUUUCGACAGACACUUUUGACACCUCGAUAUUUGGCAAAAGAGGUUAAAAUGGCAACCAAUUUAACAAGGGUCCCUCUCAUGCGCCAAGUAGCGGCAAGGAGCUAUUCGAAAUUGGCCCCAGUGAGCGGAAAGCCAUGCUACGAAAUCAGAUCUACCACUCUGACCAACAAAACCGUCGUAGUAUCCGCCGACAACGAAUCUGCCAUCACCAGAAUAUCCAUCAUUGUCAGGGCUGGCUCCAGAAACGAAACUGCCGACAACUUAGGUGUCACCCACUUGCUGAGGAACUGUGCAGGUCUCUCCACCAAAAACGUGAGUCAGUUCCUCAUUACACGUAACAUCCAACAAGUUGGUGCCAGUUUGACCGCCACCUCAGACCGUGAAACUAUCUCUUAUACCUUGGAGGGCACCAAGAGUGCUGUUGAUAAAGUGUUGCCAUUCCUUACUGAAGUGGCCACCCAGCAGGUCUUCAAACCAUGGGAAGUCUCUGACACUAUUCCACGUUUGCAUCUUGACAUUGCCACCCGCCCUUUGCAGGUAAGAGCCAUUGACCUCUUGCACAAGGCAGCUUACCGCACUGGCUUGGGCAACUCGCUGUUUAUUCCCAAAUUCCAAAUCGGCAAAAUCUCGUCUGAGACUCUGCAACACUAUGUGUGCACCAACUUCACUAACAGUCGUACUGCGGUCGUCGGUGCUGGAAUUGGCCACGAUGCCCUCUGCAAAAUAGCCCAAGGUAUUACUUUGGGAUCUGGUGGUGGAGACUGUUCUCCAUCUCCCUACAAAGGCGGAGAAGUCAGGUCUGACAAGGGUGGAGAUUUGGCAUUCGUCGCCAUCGCAACAGAAGGCGCCAGUAUUCAGAACCCCAAAGAGGCUCUUGCAUUUGCUGUUUUGCAAAGAGCGCUGGGAGCUGGUCCCCAAAUCAAAUGGAGCUCCCGUGACAAUGGCCUCCUCUCUAGGGCCGUGACCGACGUUGAUUUCGCUGGUUGCGCCAUCAACACCAACUACAGUGACACUGGUCUUUUUGGUGUCUUAGUAGCUGUACCAGCCAAAUCUGCAGGAAAAGUGGUGAAGUGCGCUUACAAUUUGUUGAACAACUUGUGCGCAUCAGAGGGUGACAUUACCAGAGGUAAGAACCAAGUGAAGACUGCUUUACUUUUGGAAUCAGAAAGUGGUGCUCAUGUUGUUGAAUCUUUGGGAAAUCAAGCUGUAUUGACUGGCAAUCCUCAAUCUGCUGCAACUUUGGCUGAUAUGGUUGAUGAACUUUCAAACAGUGACAUUCAACAGGCUGUGGAAAAAGUCAAGAAGGGCAAGAAAUCACUGGCUUCUGUUGGAAAUUUGGUAGAUGUACCAUACUUAGCUGACCUUUAAGUUGUUAAUUACAUGAGAAAACCGAUAUUUAAGAUAAUUCUGUUUAAAAAACUAUUUAAUUUAAUUUGUAUAUUAUUGUAUAAAUUACAUGCCCAUUAAAUAAAAAAUGGUACACUUUUUUAA